AUGGCGAGCUCCGCCGAAACUUGCCUGCAGCCGCCCCUCCCGCGCGCCUCCGCCUCCUCUCGUGCGUUCCUCCUGCUCAUCGCAGCCAUCCAUCUCCUGCCCUGGGACUGCCGCGCUGCCGUCCACUCAGACUCGGCCUUAGGUUCCGCGUUGCCUGCGCGACACGGCUUCAGAGGACGAGGCCUGGCCGACGCGGACUCCAACCGCGUUCCUCCUUCCAGCGCCGAUCGCGCCAGUCUUGCCGCGAUUUACGGCACCAGGGACGCGCUCCUCACGGAUCAGCUCCGCAGACAGGCAUCGAUCACCGGCUUACCCACGAAUCGCGUGAACGGAAAAUGCGCCCUAGCACGUCUCAAAUUCGGCGCAAUUUUCACGUUUGGCGACUCGCUCUCUGAUGUUGGCAACAACAACUACGGCCGCUUGGUCAGUUUCUAUCGCGCGAACUUCCCUCCUUAUGGAAUGAACUUUAUCCCCGCUAGUGGGAGGUUCAGUGAUGGCAAACUCGUUAUUGACUAUCUCUCAGAAUAUUUUGAGCUGCCCGCCGCCCCUGCAGCCUUCCAGCCUGGCAUCAACAGCAGUGCCGCCCAAAACGGGCUCAACUUCGCCAGCUCAGGGGCGGGUGUGCUGGACACCUCGACUCCAGAUAAGGGCUUCCCACUCUCCGUGCAGCUCUCGAGAUUCUCAGAGCUGGGCGGGCUGCAAGCAGCAGACCAAUCCGACUCCCCACCUCUCGCGAUCGUGUCCAUGGGUACCAAUGAUUAUAUCGCGUUUCUUGAAAAGGGGAUCAACAUGGGCCGUCAGUUGGAUCCCUCUGAGCUGCAACGACUUGCUGAGCUACUUCCGCAGUCGCAGAGCCUGAUUACCGCUGUGGUUAGGGGGAUCACUGACGCUGUGCGAACUCUGUACGCCUCUGGCUUCCGCCACUUCCUUCUCUUCGACACGCUACCAAUCGGCUGCACCCCCAUCGGCCUAGCAACCAUUGCCGAAGCCCGCGGCCAGCUCUUAAAUGAGCCAGCUCCCUUAUACUGCACCCCUGCAGUGAACUUGAUCACAGGGGAGCACAGUUCAGUGCUGGCACUGGCAUUAGAUGGUCUACGAGAUCAGUUAAAUGAUGCUACAGUAGUGUAUGCGCGGAUGCAUGGGCUUAUGCAGGCAAUGACAGAGAGACCUCGGGAUUAUGGGUUGAAUGUUGGGACGUCUGCGUGUUGUGGUGCACCUCGCCCUAUCAACGGCCUCGUGCAAUGUGGGACGUCGAUUUUCAUAUCCAACGGCACACAAUCCUCCACGCCUGCAACGCUGUGCGACGAUAGCCAAUCACGCACUUUCUGGGAUUUGGUGCAUCCAUCUCAGGCAGCGAAUCAAGUGGUGGCUCGAGCUCUGGUCCGUGCACUGCAGGCAGGGAUUUGUGAUGUUGAUAUGUUUAGGUUUGCCAGCAAUGAUAACUGUGGCAAUUGA